AUGAGUGCAGACCUCAUGGAUGAAGGCACCACGAACAACCAGUUCGAAGAGCCUGAUCAACCCUUGCAGAGUAUUGAUGAAAUUAUGCAGAUAAUUGCUGAAGCUACCAUUCCAGGUGCUGGAACAGCCAGUCUUAAUCAGUUUCUGACCGGUGGCUUGGACAUAGAUGAUGGGAUGGAGUAA